UACAUGUAUUUUAUUUAUUUAUCAAUUUUUCAAAAUUACAUUAUUUUUAUGACAUUUAACUGUAAAUUGUGUUAUUUUAACAUUAAAAAUAUUAAAUAUUAUUUUAAUACAAAAUAUUGAAAUAACAGUCACAUUAUGUUAAAGUGACACUCACGUGUAUUAAAGAAUUCAACACAAAAAUUUUAACAAGAACCAGUUUUAAACAGUAUUUUCUACUGUGAAUGGUACAAAACAUUGAAAAUAUGUGAACACGAAUAAUUUUAAUGCAAAUAAAUAUCAAAAUAUCCCUUUAUUAAUUAAAAUCAGGAAUAAAAAGUCAAAACUUCAACAGUUCUAACGGGAUAUAUGAUACCAUCGAUAUCGGAAGUCUAGCGUUAAUUAGUAAUCCAAAUUUUUACAUAAAAAGAAAAACAAGGAGAAGAAUCUAAAAGUUUCACUUUUCUAUUUUUCCUAAGACUCGAGAGAAACGCUAUGCGUUUUAUUAUGCGCAAGGAUAUUCACAGCAGUGGAAAAGCAAUCGAGGAAUUUUCUGUAAUAUGCGAGCCACAUACGCGAGUGACAUACAUAAAUGUAACGACUUUGCACUAUCGUAACUUUUAAAUAAACUUAACAGAAAAUGAAAACAGACCUCUCGGACGGCAAAGAAUUUGAACACAAGGCGGGUUUUUAAAUUCUUCCUGAUUGCAAGGUAAUUAAGAGUCCCCCUUCAAAAAAUCGAGAAAAAAGUAGGUUUAAUCUUUCAACUCGCAGGUGGUAGCUCGAGAGGAGCCGCCCGAAGAUGAUCCUGCUUGCGUGCGCCAUUCUCGCUGCGUUCUCGUGCGAGGGGCAGACGAUCUCGCCGUCCUGGCGACCGAUCUUGUCCGGCCACGCGGACGGUGCGAGUAUACUGCAUCAGGAGGCAUCGAUUUUCGGAAACGCGCCCACGCAGACGCUCUACGACGUGGACAGUCCUCAUCAUUUGCUGCACGACCAAGACACAUGUUCCCUCUAUAAGGUCGUCAUGAACCAGCAGCUGUACUUCGAGUACAUCCAUUACAAGGUGGACCUGCCGAACAUGAAGGAAUUCACCCUUUGUAUGUGGACGAAAUUCCACAAUCACUCCAACGACCAUCCCCUGUUCUCUUACGCAGUCGGCGACCAACCGCGGGGGAUACUGUCGUGGGUCGCAAACACGCCAAGAAGUUCGUACUACAUGCUCAACGUCAACGGUCACAACUUGUACAGAUUGAAUUAUCCGCUGAGACUUAACAAGUGGUACCACUCCUGCCAGAGCUGGAACGGUCGCACUGGGGAGUGGCAGAUUUGGGUCAACGAUGAGCGUGUAGGUCGCGGGUUCAACAACAGGCUAGUCGGGCACAUUAUCCAAGGCGGCGGAAUCGCCAUUUCGGGGCAAGAGCAACGACAGCUGGGUGGCGGUUUCUUAGAGGGCGAAGGAGCGCCACCGGGUUCCGGCGGCUAUCUAGGAGAACUGACGAUGGUGCAGCUCUACAACGUCGCCCUGACCGCAGGCAAGGCGCACAAAGAUCACAAGCACCAUCAUGGCCAUCAUUACGAACACGACACUAGUAAUAACACGCCGAGGACCACCACGCGAGCUCCUGUAACCGGACCUCCCUUGCCGCCGCAUCCCUUCCUCACCGGGGGCCAGAUCAAUACACAAGUGAAGAUCAAUCCGGGGGCGCCGAUUCAGAUCGUACAGAACGGCCUGACCAUUCGUCAUCCGGCAUUACCGCCGGUCCCCGAGUCACCCCCGCAGCCGCUCCCGCCCUUGAACCUCGACGUUUUCACGACACCCUUCCCGGCGCUGCCGGCGCAGUUCGGUAAUCCGACGAAGCAACGGUUGCCCAUCGUCUCCUCGUCGUCGAUCUUCGUGGACGGGCCCUAUCACAAUCUCUUCAAGAGAGAGAGAAACGAGUCCUCGAGGAAGCGGGACAUCAAGGACGAGACGGUGAUGUCGAGCCUCACCGAGCCGAAGAAAUCGGUCGCGAAGAGGGACACCGAGAAAACCUCGAAGGAAGCUGACGCUUCUGAUGGAAAGGUAACCUUCGUGCCAAAAACGGAAGACGCGAAUGACAAGCAGCUGGGAAAGCGCGAGGCCGAGAAGAAGAAGAAGAGAGGACUGCUGCUGGGCGACGGAUCGAUCCUCGAUGACGGAUACUCCAUUCCUCAAAACCUAGACGACGACUACUUCACGGGGCUGACGGGUUUCGGGCUCCAGCUGAAGGGUAGAGACGAGGAAGAGGAGAACGUUCGCGAGCCCGCCGAGGCCGAGGUCAGACAUGUGAUGGACCUCUGCGACGGGUGCGCUCAAGAGCCGUUCGGCAAGGCGCUGGUCAUAGCCUGGAGGGAGGUGCCCAAGAAGCUCUAUUCCGGCGCGUUGUACCUGCCGGCUCUGCCGGUGUGCAAGGCGUUCUAACGCCGUCGACGACGAGGGACGAAACGCGGCGAAUCCGCGCGCGACAUUCCCGGGACCGUCCGUCGUCGCGCGAAGCCGUCGAGCGGAAUUUAUCGAGCGUCCGAGCCCGGAAGGAUUCGGAUUACGGAAACUCUCGAUUAAAGGUCGACAAAGAGUCGACGAUCUCUCUCGAGAACGGAAGAAACGUUCCCCCCUUCCCCCCCACGCCAUUUUAGAUCGCCGAGUAUCUCUUAGUUGUUACGGACGAAGAUGUUUGUCACUCACGCGACCUUCCGAUUACUUUUCUCCUCGUUGUUCAUCGACUUUUACUUUUCUUUUCUUUCGUGCGCUGCGACGAUGUAGCUGAAUAUCCAUUCGUUUCGUCCUAUCUUCGUAAACAUUAAGAACACGUUCGGAGAUAGUGCCAUGAAGAAAAGCGCUUGACAGAACAUCUUGCCGGUCGUAUUUAUUUGCAAUUUCCCUAUCCAAUUAACUGUAUGACGAUUAAGCUUCAAGUACUGUGAAGGCGAAUACGUGUGACAAGAAAUAAUCGUAAUUCUUGUAGAAAUAGCAAGAAACAGUAUAAUAAAUAAUUUAAGAGUUUUGUUUAAGAUUUUAAGACUUAAAGAAUAUUUUAAUACAAUAUCUAGGCUGAAUAAGGUCCACUUUAUUCAUUUUAUUUUUUUAAAAAUCCUAUUUUUAUUUAUAACAGGGUAUCUAAAAUAACAUUUUAAAAAUUCCACUCACAUAUAAAACUUUUUGAAACUCAAUUGCUUAAAAAUUCUUAACGUUUAUUUUAAAUAAAAUAGAUAAAGUGGAUCUUGCUUAGGGUUCUUAGGUUUAUUUAGCAAAGCGGCUAGAAUUUUUGCUGAUAUUGUUACAUGUGGCCAGAAGUUUCCAUAAUAAAAAUAUGCAAUAAACAUCGCAAUACACACGCAAUCUGUACACGCGCAAAGGUGGAAUUUAAUUAAGAGAAAAAUUUCAUGAAUCGAGUGCAGAAUAUCGGUGUAAUAGAACAGUAUUAUGUUGUAAGUUCGAGAAAUUAAUCACGAAAGUAACAACGAUCGAUUUGAACGGAAUACUCGUCGCGGUUUUAUAGUGAGUGCUGAUCGAUUGACCCCGGCGACAAAAGAAGAUUUAAUUGCGACGGAAACUGCCUUGAUCGAUCAGCAACGUACGCCACAGUCGCUUAAGCUCAAGACCUAGCUCUUAGACUGGAGUAUACGUAUUUUAUGUAUAUGUGAUGUAUGCUGAAUAAACUUUUAUAAAUCGUUACGUGAA